AUGUCGUGGUUUGUGGGAUGCGGAUCCAGAGCCGUGAGUAGGUCAAUGUUUGUUCGAUGUGCUGGCACCCCUAAAGUGAAUAAUUUUUUACAGGUGUUUCAUAGUAAAGUAUCAUAUUCAAGUGUUCAUGAAGGUAUAGAUGGUACAAUAUAUUCACCACCUAGUCUAGUGGACAUCCCAAAAAGAUGGUCUCCCAUGAAGAACAUGGCGUUGCAAGAUGAGAUCAAAGAAUAUCUCGAUUGGAAAAUGCAAGGAUCUUGGACAGAGAUGGCUCGUGAGGAACAAAUUGCAUCGUUCUAUUUAGCAUAUGGUUCUUGGGGUCCUCGGUCCAAUAAUAAUGUUGAUGGUAAAAAUACAGAGAUAAAUGUAACUUAUUUCAUAUUUAGAGUUCUAUUUAAUGUCACACUAUUGGGAGCACUGGGUGUUUCAUACAUCAACUGGAAACAUGACAAAGAUAUGGAUCUCAAUGACGUGUAA